CGAGGUCUACUUGCCGCAGACCAAACUGGUCUGUCCGACCCAUACACCCGCGUUGCAUUUCAGUAUCUGUCGCAACAAACGGAACGCCUGGAAGCUACCCUUUGUCCUACCUGGGAUCAAACCCUCAUUUUCGAUUUAAUUGAACUCUAUGGCACUCCAGCGUUGAUAGAACGCCAUCCACCACCCGUCAUGGUUGAGCUGUUCGAUUAUGACCAGUUCGGAGCCGACGAAUUUCUGGGAAGAUGUCAGGCGAGUCUAGUUACCAUUUCAUUCUCCCAUUAUAACUCUCUUCUUCGGAAGAGCUCUUGUCGAAAAUUCGAGCUCGAAUAA